AUGAGCCGGCUAAGUGAUGGUACUCUCAUUAUUCGUGGUGAGAAAGUUAUAUCAAAGAAUGUUGGAGGCAUCGGAUUUGACGUACACCCUGUUGUCCAUCUUGUCGGUUCGAGUAAAAGUGCGAUUCAGCCGAAGCUGGAAAAGAAGAUCUGCUGGUUGAAGGAAGGAGAGAAUUCGAUACGAUGGCAUCAGAAUGGAGGAGGUCUUGAACGCGUGCAACUGGCCCAUCGAGGAGGACCCAACAAAGGACUACGACCUCUUCUCAGAGGACUGAGAGCCUGUGAUGAAUGUGCCUCAGUUCCUCGAACAAGGAACUUAGAACGAAUUUUGAAAACCAGCAAGGAUCUGUUAGAAAGGAGGAGAGCCUUGAGGUUGGAUCUGACUUCAUAUCUUGAGCGACUGGUAGCACAUACCGGGUGA